GAAGAAAAAUAAAUGUUGGCUUUCUCAACCAUUUCUCCUCCAUCACCGAUCACCAUAACAAGGUGCGACGCCACAAGAACAAGGAGGCACACAGAUUACCAUAUCAAGAACGGGUCCUUAUUUCGUAUACCUUCAAAGUGGAUGCGUACUGUAGAGUAGGAGAAGCAAGGAAAACAAACGGCACUAGCAACCACCAACUAGCAAACAAGAAACUGGGGGAAAGGAAAAAGCAAACCAAACACAGUUUGCCAAGUCGCAAUUAGAUUUGCAGGCCAAUAGAGAGCAGACACCAAGCAAAAUAGCAUGAAGACAAAAAAAUGAGUGGGGUUAGGCUUCGUCAAGAACGGAAACACAUCACCAUAUAUAGCCAGUUGCUUCGUUUGACUUGGUUAUCGAACUUUCAAACAUUGGGAUCAUCAUCAUCACCAACCCCAGCAAACUACUCCAUCAUUUGCUCUCCUUCCCUCAGUUUCCGUCCUCCCUCCCACCAUCUCUCUCUGUCCCUCUCUCUUUCUUAUUUUCCUGAGUCACAUCAUUUUCUCUAAUGAAUGACUGGGUCAAUUCAAGUAGUUAGUGAUUACCGAUAUAGUGGUCUAGCCUUUCAGUGUAAUUGAUCUCCACAUCUAGAUUCCCUUCAACUUCAACCCAUCAAACAAUCAUGAAGGUGGCGAGUUCACUAUCAGCAGGAGCUAAAAUAGAGGAGGAGGAGAGUAUAUUUUAAAAUAAAACAAAUAUUUUUUAUUAUUUUUUUAAAUUGCGUAUGUUAAGCAACCACCGGAAAUUAAAAAAGGAUUAAAAAAAAAGAAAUGGUGUCCCCCCGUCCCCCGGUCUUAUAUAGCGGUUAUGUUGGAAAUGGAGUAGGAGCAGCACGUGAAGCUCUCGCUGUUCAAAUAUCUCCCGUGGUUUUUGACGUUUCUUUAGUCAAAUCUCCUCCAACUGUCGCGAGGCCUUCCGCCUCCGUCUCCGCCUCCGCCUCUCGUCUUUGUCGCCGACGCUUUUGUCGACGCGGGAUCCGGAUGGCGAAUCAAACUCUCAAGACCACCAAAAAUCACCUUAGGCAUGUCGACUCAAUGUCUACUCUGCCGUCACGUGCUGGGAAAAUUACUGGUCUUAACGCUGUUAUUUUAGGAGAAGCUUUGGCUUCUGAAGAGGACGAUCUUGUUUUCCCCAACGAUGAAUUUGUUCGUCAGGCUCUCGUUCCCUCACCUAAGAAGUACUUGGAGAUGUAUAAAAGGUCCAUUGAAGAUCCAGCAGGAUUUUGGUCCGAUGUUGCUUCACAGUUCUACUGGAAACGGAGAUGGGCCGAAUCGGUUGUGUCCGAGAAUUUCGAUGUCCGCAACGGCAGCGUUAAGAUUGAGUGGUUCAAGGGCGGUAUCACCAACAUUUGUUACAAUUGUUUGGAUAGAAAUGUUGAAUCUGGAAAUGCUGACAAAAUUGCAAUUUACUGGGAGCCCAAUGAGCCUGGUUCCCAAGACUCUUUAACUUAUUCUCAGCUUCUUCAAAGAGUUUGCCAGCUGGCCAAUUAUUUAAAAGAUAAAGGUGUUAGGAAGGGUGAUGCUAUUGUGAUUUAUUUACCCAUGCUCAUGGAACUCCCUAUUGCAAUGCUUGCUUGUGCUCGCAUUGGUGCUGUGCACUCGGUUGUGUUUGCAGGAUUUUCUGCCGAUUCUCUUGCCCAAAGAAUUGUGGACUGUAAACCAAAAGUUGUAAUUACAUGUAAUGCUGUCAAAAGAGGUUCUAAAGUUAUUCCCCUCAAAGACAUAGUUGAUGCCAGCCUUAUUGAAUCUGCUAAAAAUGGCGUCUCAGUUGAUGUAUGUUUAACUUAUGAAAAUGAAUCUGCUAUGAAGAGGGAAAGCACUAAAUGGCAGGUGGGAAGAGAUGUAUGGUGGCAGGAUGUUGUCCCUAAAUAUCCAACUACUUGUGAAGUAGAGUGGGUUGAUGCAGAAGAUCCUCUUUUUCUGCUGUAUACUAGUGGGAGCACGGGGAAACCAAAGGGUGUUCUCCAUACAACUGGAGGAUAUAUGGUUUAUACUGCCACAACAUUCAAAUAUGCAUUUGACUAUAAGCCAUCUGAUAUCUACUGGUGCACUGCUGACUGUGGUUGGAUCACUGGGCAUAGCUAUGUAACCUAUGGACCCAUGCUCAAUGGAGCAACUGUUGUCAUUUUUGAAGGGGCUCCCAAUUAUCCCGAUCCUGGACGCAGUUGGGAUAUUGUUGACAAAUUCAAAGUGACAAUAUUUUAUACUGCCCCCACAUUGGUGCGGUCUCUCAUGCGUGAUGGUGAUGAGUAUGUUACUCGCUAUUCACGUAAAUCCUUACGGGUCCUUGGAAGUGUAGGCGAGCCCAUUAAUCCAAGCGCCUGGAGGUGGUUUUUCAAUGUAGUUGGAGAUUCCAGGUGCCCUAUAUCUGACACUUGGUGGCAAACUGAAACUGGUGGAUUUAUGAUUACUCCACUGCCAGGUGCUUGGCCACAGAAGCCUGGUUCUGCAACUUUCCCUUUCUUUGGUGUUCAGCCUGUCAUAGUGGAUGAGAAGGGUGCUGAGAUUGAAGGAGAGUGCAGUGGGUAUCUUUGUGUGAAAAGCUCAUGGCCUGGGGCAUUCCGAACUCUUUAUGGUGAUCAUGAAAGAUAUGAGACCACAUACUUCAAGCCAUUCCCUGGCUAUUAUUUCAGUGGUGAUGGCUGUAGCAGGGACAAGGAUGGAUACUACUGGCUUACUGGAAGAGUUGAUGAUGUCAUCAAUGUUAGUGGGCAUCGUAUUGGUACAGCAGAAGUGGAAUCUGCUCUUGUUUCUCAUCCCCAAUGCGCGGAAGCUGCUGUAGUUGGUUUUGAGCAUGAGGUUAAAGGACAGGGUAUUUAUGCCUUUGUCACUCUUGUGGAUGGUGUUCCUUACAGUGAAGAACUCAGGAAAAGUCUAAUCCUUACAGUGCGAAAUCAGAUAGGAGCAUUUGCUGCACCUGACAAAAUCCACUGGGCUCCUGGCCUUCCAAAGACACGGAGUGGAAAGAUAAUGAGGAGGAUUCUGAGAAAGAUUGCUUCCAGGCAGUUAGAUGAGCUUGGGGACACGAGCACACUGGCAGAUCCAAGUGUGGUUGAGCAGCUUAUAGAACUUGCUGAUCGCUGAAGCUACCACAUUGUAUCGUGGGAUGUCACUCAGGUCUACUAGCAGGUUUUCACCAGAACUGGUCAGCUAUAGAGGAAUAGUUUAAUAUUUGCUUAUGGAGUUGAGUAUUUGACGUUAAAAAGAGAAGAUUUAAAUUUCAGUGAAAUAUAAGGUCUUACUGAUGGAUUUCAAUAAUCCGAAUUCACAGUUUUUCAACAAACUCAAACAAUAAAUUUGGGCAUUUAGAUCCAGAUCUUAAAUUCCUAUAAUCCAAGUGUACCAUUAACUUUUUUCCAUGCUUGCUCAUAGUUACAUUUUGAUUUGGUAUUUCCAAAAAAGUAAUGGAAGCAAGUUUUGUAUUCUACAGCUUA